AUGAUACAGAAAAUAAUGCAAGCUCCGUUAAGUAUAGAGACUUAUAAGCAAAUAUUUAAUGAAAGAAAAGACACGACACAAACUAAUGUAACAACAGCAGCUCAUAAUAUGAACGCAAUCAGCCUAAUACAAGAUUCUUCCAACGCAGAAGGCCAAUCAAAACCUAUGACCAUGAAUGUCAAUAACAAUGGAACACCUACUCAUUUGAUUGAAGCUUCCACUCAACAAGAUACAUCCAGCAAUGAUGACAAUGAUGUUAAUCAAUCGCAAAUAAACACAGAGCAACCAUGGAUAGAUAUAAAAAGCAAUGGGGCUCCGAUUCCACUGAUUAUGGAUCAGCAAGACGAGAGCAUGGAAAACAAUGUUGAGACAACGAUACAACCUAGCGUAAUACAAACAACAACGAAGACAGUUACAAAAAAUUUGCAGAGUGAAACCUUUCUACAACAACCAAGUGACAACAUAGACAUUGAGACUGCAAUGGCUUUGUUACAUGCGGAUACUGAUGAAGCUCCUACUAAUUCCACACAAAAUUCUAAAUCACUAGCUAAAUCAACUAAUGAUUAUGAGCUUGUGUCUACGACUUCUGUCACAAUGGAAACAACAUCACAUAAUAUAGAGAGCAAUGAUAUUAUAAUGAGAACUGACACAUCCAAUUCGGAAGUACAUACUAACCGAGAAGUCAAUAUCAACCAAAUAAUAGAAAACACAGUAACAGUUUCAAUUGUGAAGAAAAUUAUCACUAAUCCUAACAUUUCGUUGCCCAAAACAGAAACCCUCUUAGACAUCUUAAACAAGGUGCAUUGCGCAAAGGAAGCUAGUAUAGAGGAAAAUAUGGUACAAACAAGAACAGAAGAUGAAAACAAAAUUAAAACUAAAGCUGUAGACGAUGGCUUCACAAAAGGGAUUGAUGAGGAUGAUGACCAAACAAAAGAUGUGCCUGAUAGUAAAGACGAUGACAGAUUAAUAAUGGCACGACAAAAUUUAGCACGAUGGUCUGCAUACGUCAAGCGAGAAACAUCAGGCGCUAAUCUAAACAUUUCUAGUAAACAAAUCGCUGAGAAUACGGAUAUUAACGACCAGAAACCCGACAUAAAAACAGAUUUGAUUAACAAGCGCCAAACUCAUUCUAAACCUGAACUCAUUGAUGAUGAAAGCGAUAGCACUAACAAAAAGCAGAAGGAUUGUAAUGUUAAAGAACAAGGGGUUGUAAUAAUAGCUGACGCGCCAACAAGUUCUAAACAUGUUGAAAUAAACGAUCAAAAGAAGCAUAAUAAUAUAAAUACGCCAGUCAACCAAAACCAAACUAGCCUUGUGGUGAAAUUGCCACGACACAUGUUAAAAGAAUCAACUGUAGAGGCGCUUAUACAAUGUAAAAAAUCUAAGUCUAAUGAUAAUAAAUCAGACACAGGUAAGAAUUUAAACAUGGUUUUACAUGAUAACUAUGGUAAAGGCAAUAACAAUUCAAGCGAUCCUAGAGUAAAACCAACCAAAGAAACUGUAACUACUACCGCCCCAGUUCAUGGCAACAAAAAUAUAAGAACUUCUCUAGCCAACGACAACAACAAAGAAGAUCACUAUUCAAAGAGAAAAACUAUUAAUACGAAUAAACAAAAAAACACGAAUACGAAGAACUUUUCCACUAAUAUCCAAGAUAACAAUAAUCAAGAACGGUGCGCCAACAAAAGAAAAAGCAGUAGUGCUGAAAACGCGUCCAGUUCGAACCUUGACCCACAAAAUAUAAAUUCAAAUCCUCCAUCAAAUAAUAAUGACGCCAACCUAGAAAGUCACUCUAAAAAGAACAAAAGCAUUAGUGAUGAAACAAACCCAGAACUACAAAAAAUAAUUCCAGCUGUUGUGGACGAUAGUGACACAAACCAUAAAAGACAAUUCAAAAAGCGGAAAAGCACUGAAAUCGCACCCUCAACAAUCCCAGGUACUAACAAUACAUCCGAUGACAUCGACGAUCAGAACAAAAACCAAGACCAGCACUCGAAGAGAAAGAAAAGUAUUUGCACUAAAACUGCAACAAUUACAAGCCGAAGUGCACAGCAUUCUAAGACUACAUCGGAUAAUAAUGAUGAUAAUGAUAGGAACCAUGAGAGGUCUUCAAAAAAACGAAAAAGUACUAGUGGUGGAGUUGCACCCACUAAAAAUCGAAAUAGAAACACCAAUGUAUCAGAAAACAACGACAAGAACCACGAAGCGCACUCAAAAAGAAGAAAAAGUAUCAGUGCUGAAUCUGAAAUCAGAGCAAACCAAAAUGACUGCCACAACAACUGUAAGAACAAGGAAAAAGAUCGUGAAGCAAGGAAAAAUAUCUGUGGCCAGUUAAGUACCCCAGAAGACAAAGAAAACUAUGACAAAGACACUGCAACCAAAAACAACGAAGAACAUGCAACAAGGCAACCUAAUGCAGUCAAAAAUAAUAGUGAUGAAACUGCCACCAGUAAAAAUGAGGAGUCGCAGAAGAGAAAAUCAAUUACAGCGUCUAAUAACGACAGUAACAACAGCAAAGAACCAUGCAACCCAGCAAUAAAAUACGCUGCAAAUAAUAAAAAGGACAAUAACGAAGUAAGGAAAAGCACUGAUUCUGAAAAUACUACUAUCAAAGAUACAGGUCGACUCAAGAAUCAGACUACAACAGGGAGUAAUGUUACAAGUACAGAAACUACAACUAAUAAUCAUACUGAAAACCAACAAUCUAUAAUACUAAAAAUCUUUAGAGAUCAUGUAGAGAGUAUAACAAGGAAAAACAACAAUGAAAAAGGGAAUAACAGUGUUACAGACGAUGAAAAAGCGUCUGACAAAUCUGCCGAAAAAUUAAACACCAAAAAAAAAGAUGACUUACCUAGAGUGGUAAUUCCUGGUAAAAAGGAGAAUAAAGCUAAAGAUGAGAGAAAAGUUAAAAAGUGUCAAUGUGGUGAAGACCGUCUAUCCGGUAAGACCGUCUACAAGCUCUUUUGUCUCUUCUAA